AGCAGGGUGCAUAGAAGAGUGACUAAUAUUGUUCAUUUUUGCGUUAUCAAACGUGAUUCUUAAAGCGCUCUUUUUGCAGUGGUUGUGAAAUACAUCGAACAUCUCGAAUUUUCAACAGACGAAUACCUCCUUUCAUCCUUUUUCACGAUAACACAGCCCUUUCCACAAUGCUGUCUCGCUUGGCGUGUGCUAGACCACAGGUUUCGUCGGCGCUGGUGAAAUCAGCGCUACAAACGGUUCCAAGACGUCAGCAGCAAGUAUUCCGACAAUACGCACGCGAUGUAAAGGGCGGAAGCAACACGGGAUGGACGGCUCGUGCGGAACGAACGUCACUGCGUGAGCGUUCCAUGGCCCCACCCGGUCCAAAUGCCUACGCGAUCGGAAAGGGUGCUGUGGCGGGCGGUGCGGCCCUUGGACUUGGAGCCUUAUGUUUUUAUGGCCUCGGGCUGGGCAGCGGAACAAGUACACUUGAAAAUUCGCAUCUGUGGCCGGAAUUCGUCAAGCAGCGUAUCCAAGAUACGUACCUAUAUUUCGGUGGAUCACUGGCUAUUUCAGCGGCCAGCGCCAUGGCCGUAUUUCGUUCGCCCAGACUGCUCAGUAUUGUGUCGAGAAAUGGAUGGAUGUCGAUUCUCGGCACGGUCGCGCUGAUGAUUGGUUCCGGCAUGGUAGCACAGUCCAUCCCGUACAGUCCAGGACUCGGGACGAAGCAGCUUGCAUGGGCGACGCAUUCGGCUAUCCUCGGUGCAGUGAUUGCACCGAUGUGCUUCGUCGGAGGUGCUAUUCUAACUCGCGCAGCCUGGUACACGGCGGGUAUUGUCGGUGGCCUGUCAACGGUGGCUGUAUGUGCACCAAGCGACAAAUUUCUCUACAUGGGAGGCCCACUAGCGAUCGGGUUGGGUGUGGUGUUUGCGUCUUCACUGGCUUCGAUGUGGCUCCCCCCAACAACGGCUCUCGGCGCUGGCAUUGCGUCGCUGUCUCUGUACGGAGGUCUGUUGCUUUUCAGUGGUUUUCUGCUAUACGACACGCAAAAGAUCGUGAAGCGGGCAGAAAUGCAUCCGCUUUACGCCGCUCGACCAUUCGAUCCAGUCAACUGUGCUAUUUCGAUCUACAUGGAUACGUUGAAUAUUUUCAUUCGAAUCGCAACAAUUCUCGCCGGUGGCGGCAGCCGUCGCAAGUAAAAUAUCCUUGAGUAGCUUGCAAUCGUUUUACCUAGUAGAUCUUACUUACCUAGUAGAUAUAUGCUUACUUUAUGUUUCUCCACAACCGUGAUAAUGAAUGUGGCAGCUAUUUGUACUGACCAUGAUGAUCAUUUAUGUAUGCUUUUUUGCAGGGAUCAAUAAGUAACAUGAGAGAAAUUUGAUGCAAUAACUGAAUCAAAAUAGAACUGAACCAAAAUCUAAUUCAAAUCAAUUCCUCAUUGUAACUAUGGAAAAAGAAACGCGUUGUUUAAUUUAUUUGGUUCUUUUUUAUUGUAACCAACAGUAUCUCCAAAUUAUAAUGUGUUGAAAUCGAUGAACACUAAAGGGCUAACAAAUUAUAUAGGAACGAUAGUAGUAGCAAUACACAAUGUAAAUAAACUGGAAAUGUUAAACUUAUUUUCUAUUCGCGCUCAUGAA